CUUUGUUCUUUCAAGUGCUCGUUUAAAAUUCUCAGUUCAUCCAAGUAACACACUUCGGAAGUGAAGGUGAGGCAUGAAACACUCCAGAGACAGGCUGGAGAAGGGUCGCUCGUGUCAGAGCUUGCACCACCCUAAGACAGUUUUACCACACACACUGCCAGGACAAUAGCGAUAAUGAGCACAGCAGUGAAAAUAAUCCCAGCUAGAACCUUGCUGAUAUCGCAGAAGGAUUUAUUUUCCUCCACAGAGAUCAUGCCAAUAGAGGAAGCGCCCACGCUGAUGGUGGAUUUCAGUUCAGCCCCUGGGUCUUGCUUAGCCUCUACUGUCCACUGGGGGACAUUGACCUUCAUCUCCAUCUCGUACAUCAUCUCUCCUACCUGGUUGAUCUCGUUCUCGAGGUCUUUCAAAUCCACCACGUCUAUGUUGUGCUCAGCCUCGUAUUUCAUGUUCUGGACGCUCAUGGCGCGGGCGGCCACGCCGGAGGUUCCCCCACUCAUGCCCGUCUGGAUCAGGUGCUUUUUGGGGACGUUCAGCGGGAACUCGUGGCCCAGCUCCAAGGCUCUCCUCAUAUCGAUCUCCAGGAUCUCUAGGCACGUGGAGAAAAUCACCCAUAGCCUCUCGAACUCGGCUUUAUCUUCCUUACUCACGCUUUUGUCCUUCAGGACCGUGGUGAGCUUGUUCCUGUUGGCCACCGCCAGCUCCUGAGCUUUCUGCCGGGUUUUCUUGAGCUCCUCCCGUAGGUUCUGGGAGUCCGAGGUGCCGCCGAUGGUCAGCACCAUGUGCCGGUAGCAGGCGGUCACCUUGUUGAGCGCGUCCAGCAGCGCCUUGCACUCCUCCUUCACCAUGGUGGUGGCGGGGGCCGUGCCCGGUGCCGCCCUGACUUACCCGGUGCCGGGCCCCGGGCGCUGCCACAGCCGGGCGCUACCAGCACACAUGGCAAGCACUGCCUCCGGAUCGCGCCUGCAUCCAGCACCCCCUUACCCGCUGGUCAGGCGGCGCCGGCGGCUCCGGGAGCCCGGGCGGGCGGCGGGGAGCCCAGGCGGGCAGGCAGCAUCGCUCCGCCGCCUGCAGCGCCGCCGGGGCGGCUCGGUCCGCGCCGCUGCUGUUUGAAAAGUGCCCAACGCCAAGGAUGGAGGAGAAAAAAAUAAGAAAUCAAAAAAGCCAAGGCUAAAGCUCUGGGGAGCGGCAGCCGGGCAGCCGGCGGUCCCCGCCGCCGCCACUUAACUCGCCCCAGCUGGGCGCCCGCGCGGUCACAUGGGGGGAGCGCCCGGCCCGGCCCUAUAAGCCCUCGCAGGCUCCGCCUCCGCAGGCAGCGAUCCCGCGGUGCUCCCGGCUCUUCGCCCGCUCCCUCCCGCCUCUGCCCAGCCAUUGGCUUCGUGCGGCCGCGCCGGGCCCGCCCUGGACCCCGAACAUCUCUUUGGAACAUCUGAAGUCCAUAUGGCUAUGUAUGAUGAAGAUAUCUUGAAAAAUCCCUUUUAUUUGGCUAUUCAGAAGCGACGUCCUGAUCUAUGCAGCAAAGUUGCAGAACUCCAUGGUAUUGUGCUAGUUCCAUGCAAAGGAAGCCUUUCAAGCAACAGUCUUUCUACCUGCCAGUUUGAAUCUUAUGUUCUGAAGCCUCUGGAAGAAAAUUUUCAAACCUUAAAUGGAAAGGAGAUCUUCAUACAAGGCAACCUCAUCAUUCUAGGAGCUGGUUUUAAUUACACUCUCUCAGUACCUGUUCUCUUUGAAGAAACCUUUUACAAUGAAAAAGAAGAAAGCUUUAGUAUAUUGUGCAUAGCUCAUCCAUUGGAAAAAACAGAAAGCUCAAGUGAAUCUACAGCUUCAUCAAACUCCUAUUCUCUUAAAAACAUUGAAGAUGUUAGAGAGUUCUUGGGAAGGCACUGUGAGAGAUUUGAUAAAUACAUAGCAUCUUUCUAUAGAACAUUUAAAGAACACGAAAGGAAAAGCCUCCGCCACUACAUAGAUUCUGUCAAUGCACUUUAUACCAAAUGUCUGCAGCAUCUUUUGAGAGAUUCGCACUUGAAGAUGCUUGCAAAGCAAGAAGAGCAGAUGAAUCUGAUCAAACAAGCAGUUGAAAUUUAUAUCCAUCAUGCUAUUUAUGACCUAAUCUUCAAAUAUGUGGGGACAAUUGAGGCAAGUGAGGAUGCUGAUUUUAAUAAAAUCACGAGGAGCCUUCAAGACCUGCAGCAAAAAGACAUUGGAGUGAAGCCUGAGUUCAGUUUUAAUAUACCACGUGCAAAGAGAGAGCUGGGUCAGUUGAACAAAUGCACUUCCCCUCAACAGAAGCUGCUUUGUCUGCGUAAAGUUGUACAAAUUAUUAUGCAGUCUCCUAGCCAAAGAGUUAACAUGGAAACCAUGUGUGCAGAUGAUCUUCUCUCUGUUUUGCUGUAUUUGCUUGUAAAAACAGAAAUCCCAAACUGGAUGGCCAACCUGAGUUACAUAAAGAACUUCAGGCUCUGCAGCUCAGUGAAGGAUGAGCUGGGGUACUGCCUGACCUCCAUUGAGGCUGCAAUUGAAUACAUCCGCCAGGGCAACCUCUCGGACAGACCAACAGAAUCUGAGAGUCUGUGUGACAAGCUGCUCUUAAGACAAAGGAUGAACUUGUUGUCCCAGAUGUCUGCUGCACCAAUAGACUGCUUGUUUAAGCAUAUUGCUUCAGGUGAUCAGGAGGAGGUGGAGCGGCUGCUAAGUCAAGGUGACAGUGAUAAGGACACUGUACAGAAAAUGUGUCACCCGCUGUGUUACUGUGACAAAUGCGAGAAGCUGGUUUCUGGGAAACUGAAUGACCCUUCCAUUAUCACUCCCUUUUCCCGAGAUGACCGGGGGUACACUCCACUUCAUAUAGCUGCUAUUUGUGGUCAGACUUCCUUAGUGGAUUUACUGGUAGCCAAAGGAGCCAUUGUCAAUGCCACAGAUUAUCACGGUUCAACUCCCCUUCACCUCGCCUGUCAGAAGGGAUAUCAGAAUGUUACAUUGCUCUUAUUGCACUACAAGGCAAGUACUGAUGUUCAGGACAAUAAUGGAAAUACUCCACUUCAUUUAGCCUGCACUUACGGUCAUGAGGAUUGUGUCAAGGCUUUAGUGUACUAUGAUGUGCACUCCUGCAGACUGGAUGUUGGCAAUGAGAAGGGAGACACUCCUCUGCACAUUGCUGCUCGCUGGGGCUAUCAGGGCAUCAUUGAAGUGCUCUUGCAAAAUGGGGCAAACCCAGAAAUUCCGAACAGGAUGAAAGAGACUUCCCUGCAGUGUGCAUUGAAUUCCAAGAUUUUGUCAUUGAUGGAAGCAAACUACCUAACAUUUGAAAGAGGACAGAGUGCUUCUGAGUCACCACUUAGGUCUCCGCAGCACUCAACAGAAACUUUCAGCAGAGGAUCAUCUGUCUCAAGCCUGUCAUCAGCAUCAACUGAUAUUAGGCAAGAAGAAGCAAAAAACAGUUAUAAAGAGGUGGAAAAACUCCUGAGAGCAGUUGCUGAUGGAGAUCUGGAAAUGGUCCGUUAUCUCUUGGAAUGGGUGGAAGAAGACUUGGAAGAUGAUGAUGACACAGCCAGUACAUCAAAACCAGAAUUCUGCCAUCCAUUAUGCCAGUGCUCAAAAUGUGGGCCAGCACAAAAGAGGUUUUCCAAGAUCUGUGCCAACGGGCUGGGGGUGAAUGUUUCCAACCAGAAUGGUUUCACCCCCCUGCACAUGGCUGCUCUGCACGGGCACAGCGAGCUGGCGUCGCUGCUGCUGCGACACGGCGCCAGUGCCAGCGCCAAGAACACACAGCUGGCAGCUCCCCUGCACCUGGCCUGCCAGAGGGGACACUCCCAGGUGGUAAAGUGUCUGAUGGAUUACAAUGCAAAACAAAAUAAAAAGGAUAUAUAUGGAAAUACUCCCUUAAUUUAUGCUUGCUUGAAUGGUCACUAUGAGACUACUGCCCUGUUGCUGCAGCACGGAGCCUCGGUGAACCUCUCCAACAGCAAGGGCAGCACAGCUCUGCACGAGGCCGUGGCGGGCAGGAGCGAGGCGCUGGUGGCGUUGCUGCUGCAGCACGGGGCCCUGCGGCACCUGCGCGACGAGCGCGGCUGCACCGCCGCCGACUGCGCCGAGCCCAAUUCAAACAUCAUGAAGUUGCUAGAAGCAGCACCAAGCUGUCCCCCCACAUCAGCAGAGAGAGAGAAGGAGCGUGAGCAGCACGUUUCUGGCAAGAUAAGGAAAAAAGUGCAUCCUAAGCCCUGUGAGAAAGCCGAUGAUCCCAUAAGCAGACAACUUCAACUGGUCCAAUCAAUUAACAGAUUUAACAAAGAAAAACAUUUACGGAGAACAAUAACAAGAGAUAAAAGUGUCCCUAAUUUUGACUAUCACUUAUUGCAUCAGAUGGCUAUUAAAAGCUUUGAUAAAAGCAAGUUAAAAUCUGUUGGAAUGCUGGAGCAGAGCACAGGUCAGGUGACGGACUCGGGGUGCAGUGGUGAGUUUGUGGAAGAUGAUGACACGGCAGCUCCUCCCCGGAGUAAAUUACUGCAGCGCAGACACACGGUCAAUGUGCCACUGCCAGCAGAGGGCAGCGACAGCGGCUCCUGCGACAGCGGCUCCUGCAGCCCGGCAGCUCCAGGGCUGCCGCAGUCCCCGGACUGACAGGGCUCAGGUUCACAUCACUGAAGGGAAGCACGGAUUUGAAGGCCGGAGCUGAGGAAGUUGGUGGUGUGAAUUUCGGUAGCCCUUCACUGUGUGUUACUGUCGGUGACAUUCACACCCCCCAGUUCAGAGCAGGCACAGGCUCUGCAGCACAGCUGGAAUGUUCUGGCACCCUGGGGCCUGACUCCUCUGUUCAUGUUGGAGGUGACCACACAGCCAGAUCAUUACUGAUCUCACUAACAGGGAUGUAACGAGGUAAAGACAGCAAAAUUACUUUCCUAUUCAAUUCAGCACUUCUUAAAAAGUUCUAUGUAACAGUAAACCAAAUGAAACCCUGUAUUGUAUUUUUCAGCCACCCACUUUGUUUUAAAAGUCUUUGAAUAAUUUUUGCAUUUUCAGUUUUUAUCACUACACUCAGAAUUAAAUAUAAAUAUAUUUAUAUAUAUAAAAAGAUAUAUUGGAUAACAAGGUAUUUAUUGCCGGAGGUAAUUGAAAUGUCUCUAUUUUUAUUGUAAUGUUACAAACCAUUAUAGUAUAUAUUUCUGUAUAUUUCAGUCGCUGGCCAAACAAUAGUCCAUAACAUCUGCAUUACUAAUGUGAAGGGAUGUAGUCCUUGUUAAUAGCUCAGCAAUGCUCCCCUGUACUGGAGCUGCAAGAUCAAGUUCUUACAGAGGAGCCAAGAUACUGGGGAAAAAGUGGACAGCGCUUGACAAAGCUAAACUCUGGGCUUGCUGUUCACAGCCUAAUAAAAAAGCAGAAGCAAGCACAAGGUGCUGCCUGUGUUUUAUUGUAGCAUGCAUUUCAGUUGCUUUUCCCCUCCUCUAAAGGAAGUAAUGCAAAAAUGCACAAUUACUCAUGAUUCUGAUCUUGGGCAACACCCACAGACAAAACCGCUCCAGAGCCUGCUCUGGACUGCUAUUAAAAAGGUGAAAUUGCCAUUAUGAAAGGUACUUCUCACACCAGUGAGCACUGGCUGGAAUAGGCCAAAUCCUGCCCCAUUCCCAGGGGUGAUCACUGAAGAACUGAAAGCUGAGGGAACUACCAAGUAGCUGCUUAGAUUUGAAGUUCAUAUUUUCUACUGUUCGGUUAUGGGAGGCAAAUCUGUAAGUAGCACAAGCCAGGUUUUGCAGUGCAGUAUUUUUUUAUUCUUGGCUCAUCACAUCCAGUUUGCAUUUUAUUUCAUGAACUAUUUGUAUACAUAAUUGUCUUUCUUUUAACUGUGGUAUUAGUAAACUACCUGGCAAAAUACAAAGCUGGAAGAUAGAGUGCUGGGCUUUUCAGAUAACUUUUUAAUCUAAGGUAAAAUGUCAAAUGACAUUUGGAUUUGAGGGUAAUGUGUUUAUUUUUCUAAUAAUUUAUGAGUUCAUCUGAUUUUCUGAUGUGCCUUGGAUUUGUGCCAAAUGAUGGAAAGAAAAAACUAGUAAAGAACUCUUGAAAAUGCUGUUUUCUUUGAGUGCUUUUGUCCAAGCAUUGAGUCUAUUACAGAUUUUUCUUGUUUUGUAGGCAUUUGAAGACUUUACCUUGUGUUUACUCCUGGACUUUCCUUCCUCCUACAUUUACAGAUAAUUUCAUUAGGUUGUGUGGUUUUAGAUUUAUGCAU